UCGGCCCCGCCCCCGCGCAGGGCAGGGAAGGAGACGCUGCCCUUCCGCGCCAUGGCGGGACUCCCCGCGGAGGAGGACUGCUGGAUGAAGGCUGAUCCCAGGACUCUGAGCCAGAUGUCAGAGAAAAGCUGGAUAUCUUUGUGAGCAGCUGGUGCAGCAUCCACAAGUGUCCUUCCCCUUGGUUGCUCCUGGAGGUGCUGGGAUCCUUGUUCAGCCAUGGCGUUUAGAAGGACAGAGGGAAUGUCCAUCAUCCAGGCCUUGGCAAUGACUGUGGCAGAAAUCCCUGUGUUUGUUUACACAACAUUUGGGCAGUCUGUCUUCUCUCAGCUGAGGCUCUCUCCAGGCCUACGUAAGGUGCUGUUUGCCACAGCUGUGGGGACGGUCGCCUUGGCUCUCGCGGCUCAUCAGCUGAAGCGGCGGCGGCGGCGGAAGAAGCAGAUCGCUCCGGAGAAGUGUGGGUUUAAGCCUGGAGGGAUCACAGUGCCCAUCUUGCCAACCAGAAGGGUGUCCUCCGUGAAGAAAGGGUACUCAAGCAAGAGAGUCCAGAGUCCUGGCAGCAAGAGCAAUGACACACUCAGUGGGAUUUCCUCCAUUGAGCCCAGCAAACAUUCCGGUUCCUCCCACAGCCUUGCCUCGAUGGUAGCAGUCAACUCUGCAAGUCCAACACCAGCAGGGGUGUGGGAGGCCCAGGCAAUGGGGGAUGCUGGAGCCAUUGUUGAUUCCAGUGCAGAAAGCCUCUACAUUCAAGGCAUGGAGCUGUUUGAGGAGGCCCUGCAGAAGUGGGAGCAGGCACUGACCAUCAGGCAGAGGGACAGUGCCAGUACCAGCACCCCAGUGCCCUGGGACAGCAAGAAACGGCAAGAGAGCACGUCUGAGAGCAUCCCAGAGGAGGAGUCCCAGAAAAGGGAGUUUGCUGAGAAGCUGGAAUCCCUCUUGCACCAAGCCUACCACCUGCAGGAAGAGUUUGGGUCUUCACUGCCAUCAGACAGUGUGCUGCUGGAUCUUGAGAAGACUUUAAUGCUUCCACUGACGGAUGGAUCCUUGCGGCUCCGGACGGAUGAUGAAGACAGCUCCAUUUCUGAGGACUCCUUCUUCUCUGCAGCAGAGCUCUUUGACUCUCUCCACUUUGAGGAAAUACCAUUCCACCUCUCUAAGCCAGUAGCAGCAUAUGAAGAAGCUCUGCAGUUGGUGAAAGAAGGGAAGGUUGCGUGCCGGACGCUGAGGACAGAGCUCCUUGGCUGCUACAGUGACCAGGAUUUCCUUGCCAAGCUGCACUGUGUCAGGCAGGCCUUCCAGGAGCUGUUGGAGGAUGAAAGCAAUCAAUUGUUUUUUGGAGAGGUUGGGAAGCAAAUGGUGAUAGGACUGAUGACAAAGGCUGAAAAGAAUCCCAAAGCUUUUCUGGAAAGCUAUGAGGAGAUGCUGCGUUAUGCACUGAAGCAAGAGACCUGGCCAACAACUCAGCUGGAGCUGGAGGGAAGAGGGGUGGUGUGCAUGAGUUUCUUUGAUAUUGUGCUGGAUUUCAUCCUGAUGGAUGCUUUUGAGGAUCUGGAGAACCCUCCCUCCUCCGUGCUGGCGGUGCUGCGCAACCGCUGGCUCUCCGACAGCUUCAAGGAGACGGCUCUAGCAACUGCCUGCUGGUCAGUGCUGAAAGCAAAAAGGAGGCUUCUGAUGGUACCAGAUGGUUUUAUCUCUCAUUUCUACUCCGUAUCGGAGCAUGUCAGUCCUGUUCUAGCCUUUGGUUUUCUGGGGCCCAAGCAGCAGCUAUCUGAAGUCUGCAGUUUCUUCAAGCACCAGAUAGUACAGUAUCUGAAGGACAUGUUUGAUUUGGACAACGUGAGAUACACGACGGUGCAGUCCCUGGCAGAAGACAUCCUGCAGCUGUCGCGGCGGCGCAGCGAGAUCCUCUUGGGAUAUCUGGGCACUGAGACUUCCCUGGAGAUGAAUGGCACACUGCCUGGGGACAACGAGCCCCUGAAGGAGCUCAUCUGAGUCAACCAGGGCAGGGAAACAGUUUUGUACAAGGACCUUUUUCCUCCCAGAGAUGGAUGAAAACUCCCUGCAGUGCGCAGUGGUGGCAGCAAGACUAUCUCAACACACAGCAACCUGGUGGGACCUUCUGCUUUUUGUAGCCAGUAGUGUUUGCUGGGAUGGAUCCAGGACCACUUGCCAGCUUAUGGUUUGAAUUUCUUCUUUGUUCCACCUUCUUGUUCUUUUUAAUGUUGCUAUUUUUCAUGUGUCAUAUAAACCACAACCUGCCUGGGCCCAGAUUUUUUGCCCAAUUCUCUUGAAUAGGGCGACCUACGUACCAGUUUUGUCUGGUUUUUUUUUGGGAGAUAAUCCCUGAAGUUUACGAUUGUGUGUGGGAGCAGGAAUAUCACUGGUAAAUUCUCCACUUGACCCUUAGCUUCUCAAGGAGACUUUGUUUGCUUUGGGAUUCUUAUUGUUGUUCUUCUCUGCUGUGUUUCUACAAACAUGACUGCUGAUUUUUACCGUAAGGGUUUUAACACAUGCAAUGUGACUAGCAAAGAUUUCUUUCCCAGGGAGGAAGAAAUACUUCUGUAAAGCACUGAAGUAAAAGGAAGACUUUUGUGACCAGCCUGAAGGUGUAAGGAAGUUGGUCUGCUCCCUGUUGCUGCUCUUUGCAGGCCAGCUGAUGGGCUCUGUGCCAUGGUCAUCCUCACUUAGGAGACUGCUGAGGUCUGUUUGCCCCUGAGGAAAGUCUGUGUGAGGAAGGGGUGGAUUUGCAUCCUGUCUGUGCACGCACAAAGUCUGCAACGUCCAUCCAAGUGCCUUGCUGUUCUUCAGAAUGAUCCAGCAGCUGUUUUCACUGGGUAGGAGGUGUGGGGUGCACACAAGCAGAGGGAACCAGUGUAGAGUGUUGCCUGGUCCUGUUAUGCACAAGGUAGUGAGAGGUGUAGAUGUUGGAUGUGGUGCAGGAAAGGGGUCACGUGUGCAGGUAGCUGGAGAGCUGGGAUCAUGCUGCUAGUGAGGAAACCACUCCUAAAUGUCUGUCAGUCCUAAGAAACAUGGGGUAGGUUUGGGUGUAGAUCAGAUGUGUGUGUACGUGUGACCUUGUGGUGCUGGGACAAGCUCUUCUCAAAGGAUACAGUCCUGACUGCACAGCCAGCACCCAAAAUCUGGCUGCUUUGGGACAUGUGCCCAGUUGGACACUAGUGCAGGGUAGUGGCAGUGGGGCACGCUGGACUGGGGGCUGUCCUGGCUCCUGUGUGAGGUCUGCAGUGGUUUGCAGAGUCCUCUGUGAGCACAAGGCCACAGAUGAAGGUUGAGGGUCCAGCCUGUGCUUCCUCCUGUUUUAGUCCACUUACAGCUUCAAGUCUCAGACUGGGGAGGAGAAGAAAAGGGAGAAGGGACUUUCACAGAAACACAGGAUUUGCUGUUUUUUCUCCAAGCUGAUUAGUUACCCCUUGUGUCAGUUCCAGGUAAAAGGCUUAAGUCUUAUCUAGCCAUAUUUUUGCUAGGGAAAAAAAUGGAAUCUGGAGUUUCCAUGUGAGUGGAAAGUCAGUGCAUGGGCUUGGAGAAUUAAAAGUCUUCUUCCUUUUUCUUUAGCUAUCUAAUGUUGAAAAUGUUGUAUAUCUAACAUAUCUGAUGUUGUUAUCUAAAAUAUCUGGGGUUGUAUCUUGCUGGUGAAAGCAAGAAGGAAGUAAGCAGGGAAGAAGUAAAAAGGAGGAUGUAAAAGGACUAGAUCAAUGCUCCUGAGAUGGUUGCAAGAGUGUAAAGCACUUAACAUCUGUUGCCCUGUAGGCACAUCAGACUGAUGUGGCUUAGCCUGAAGACCAGAUGAAUGCAAUAAACACAAGCGGGCUGAGGCAGGAGCGAGGAGCAGCUGACCCCAGUGAGGCUCCAUGGAGGAAACUGGUAUGAGAAGGAUUUCAGAGAGAGCAGUUGAAACCUGGAAGGAUCCCUGAGAUGUCUUGCUGGUGGCAGGAUGCAGUGAGAGCAGAAACAGAGGAUGUUGUGCUAGCAGGACACACCUGCUACAUGUGAACUGUGAUUCAAAAGUAUGUUAAGUUCUGAAAGCAAGUUACUUUGCCAAACAAAAAUGCUGAUAGUGCUUUGUGCUCUUGUAUGGCUGGUUUAGAAGAGAAAGUAACUUCAGCAGUUGUAUAGUGGUUAAAAAGAUGCUAAAAUGUGAAGGUUAUUGUAAUAAGGUGGAUUGUGAUUCUAAACAAUCAAUGCUGUUAAUUUCUCAUUUUUAGAGUUGUUUAAUGUUUAUUUAUUUACUACUUUGAGUGUCUUCUGGCCUCAGUGCUUGGGGCACUGGCCCUGCUGUGUGUACAGAGAAUACUGGGUCUUUUUGCAUCCUUGCAGGAGAGGAUACUGAGACAGGGUCCCCAUGAAGCAAACACUUGCACUGCAGUUUUUUAAGCUAAGAAAUUGUAAAUUCCUCAUCAAACAGAUGGGGGAAAGACAGUUUUAUUACAGCUUGAUGCUUUUCCUUAGCCCUUAGUGCAAGCAGGGUCACCGUCCAAGUGAAGGUAGAGAGGGAUCUUCUUUAAGAACACCCAUAUCUUCUUGAAGGUUGAGUUCUCCCCCUUCACCUGCCAAGACUAAGUUGCUCCUGCACAAGCCAAGGAUGUCUGCUGAGAUAAACUGAUUUGCUCUUUACUGGGGAGGAUGUUAAACUUCCCUACUCUCCCCCCCAACCUGCUCUUUCAUUGCUGCUCUUUCUCCCUCCCCAACCCCAGUGUAGCUGGAGAGGAAAGGCAGAAGAAAGGCCUCUGGAGGGUACUGUUCAGAUCAGAGGAGCUGCUCCUGUGGAAGAAGCUCUCCCUGAGCUCUCAGGGGUGCUGGUCAGUGACCUGCUGCUUUCAGCUCCUUUGGCUGUAGCCCCAAGACUGGGGGCUCAGGCUGCUCCCACUGAUCCCAUCCAGCACAGGGCUUGGCUGAAAUGGUAACCACCUCAUACUCAUCUGUUUUGCAGGGUAGAGUAAAAGGUUAUGAUGGCACAACGUCCUACCCUCUGGCUUCCUAAGACAUCACUAGAAAGUCCUUAGUUCCCCAGCAUAUUGUGUUUAGCAAAGGAAAUUCUUCAGUAUUAGAAGCAAUUGAGAUACGUACUCUGGUAGAAUCUCUAGAGAUAAGAUAUUUGCUUUGAUAAUGAACCCUUAUUCUCAAGGGGUUAAACCAUUCUGGGCUGUCACUUGCAAGAUUUUAACAGUAAUGGGGAUUUAAAGUGGCUUAGCAGCCAUGAAAUAAAAUCCUUCAAUAGUUACUGAUGCUUAAACAGAAUUUCAAAUAUGCAUGACUUUCAGUUUUUCUGUGGAGGUUGUAACAAGCUGCUCCAGUGGUUAAAGUACAUACUCAGUACUUUAGCACGUAUGUAGAGACUGCACCAAAUGGCUCUAGGAGGGUCUUUAUGAUCUUUAAAACACAAAUACAUUAAUAAAAAAAUAUGAGGAAAAAUCUGCCUUGUAUCAGCAAGAUCAGUCUGGCUUUGAAGAGCAUGACAUGUGCUGUCUCAUACAGGGAGGUGGGAAAGUGAGAUUUGAUUUACUCCUCUUCAGUAGAACAUUCCUUUGCCAUGUUUGAAACUAAUGAAUGUAAAUUUGUGCCUGUUUUUUCCUGAUUUCUUAAAGGUGUAAAAAUCUGUUCUUGUUUUGCUUCUUUUUCUUCGCAGCUCACUUAAUUUUUAUUUUUAUUUUUUUUAAAAUACAUUUAGUCUUAGGAUGUGGGCACUACAAGUCAAAUAAAACUUUCCUUCAUGA